UUUUAAUCUAAAUUCCAGUACGAUAAAAAAUCUGAUCACGACCACAAAGGUUUAGAACAAACCAUUUCAUUCUAUUGGGUUGGUGGAUAGAUUAGAGCCGAUAACUGAGUUCUGUGGAGUUGUGGAACCGGGUGGAUUGAUUCUUAUUUGCUUUGUUCUUCAGUCUUUGUUUCCCGAUCAAAUUUCAGCUUGUUCCUUUGAGCAACCUAUAUUACCAGGUCUCAAUCUUUUCAACAAAAAAUGAUGCCUGUUUCCGGCUACAUGGACUCAAAUCCUCACCUGAGAAAUCAAGCGCCUUAUCCUCCACAUUAUUUCCCUGGUUUCGAGGCUGUUCCGCCUCAUUUCAAGGCGGACCCGUCCAAGUCUCCCUUGAUGUAUGAAUCUUGGCCUUGUAGCGGCAAUUGCAGUAGGUACCCUCCUGUUCCUUACUAUGGCUGCUGCAAUCAUGGCAAUUUCCCUGGUUACUAUAGUUUCAGACCUUCUUUCCCUCAUUUUGCACCAUCACCACCAUUUCACCACUAUCCAAAUUAUCCUGCAUUUCCUGAACCUUAUCCUCUUUGUUAUUCCCCUCCACAUUACUUAAACCAACAACCUCGAUAUGAAUACGACAAGGAUCCGCGCACCAACUACCAUUGCUGUGGCUGUCCUAACCAUCUUCACAACCAGAAAAAUGAUACAAGUUUAAAGACUGAAGAGCAGGAGAACGAUGCUAAGAAAAAGGAAGGUGAUUCAGAGGCUCCAAUUCGACCAAGUAGUUUCCCAUAUCCAAUUAUGUGGUUUCCACCUGAGUACAUGAAAAGUAAGGAGCAUGGGAAACAUAAUGAUAGGAUGGAGGUGAGUGACUCGGAUAAGGUGCCUUGUGCAAGGCCCUCAAAAAGCCUAAAAUCGACUGAACAGGAGCCGAGAGUUCGGAAUGACUGGUUUCCACUUGACAUGAAUGGUUGGAAAUCUUUGAUGCAGGGAGAAGGGGAGAAACAAUCUCGAAACCAACAUAAUCAAGACAACAUGACGCAAUUCCCAGUUCCUAUCUUUUGGUUACCAAAUUCUGAUAGGAAACAGGAGGAUGAAAAUCGAGAUAAACUAAGGAUGAUAACUGCUUCAGAUAAUUUGAAACAAGCUCCAGUCAAAGUUGAGUUCAUCCCAGGAGAAUCUUCUGUCAAUGAUGUUAUAUUGGACAAGCCUGAAUCAGACAAGGAGAUUUCUCAGAAUAAGAAUGCUGCUGAGACAAGGGGGAAAACCACUAGUCAAAAAUGUGUUCCUAUUGAAGUGAAGGAAGGCAAGUUUGAAGGGACUGAAAAGAAAGGGAAGGAUGUAAAGGAUGUACGUGUGAAGCGUGCUGAAGACACAACAAAGAAUGAACUUGGGACCGUUGCAAAAAGAAAAUCUCCAUCUCCUUCGAAAACAUCAAAGUUUUCUCCUGUUUGUCUUAGAGUUGAUCCCCUUCCAAAGAAGAAAAAUGGCAAUGGCAGUUCAAGGUCUCCUAGCCCUCGUAAAGGACAACCAGAAGACACAUUGAUAAAGGCCUCUGCGGCACCAGGCAGAAAAGAAGACUCUGCAGUAAAUACACAGAAUACCAGUGGUAGCCUUGAUAGUGUGGAACUUGUGGAAAAGAAGAUAAAAGAAAUUCCAGUGAUCGCAGAAAGGCCCGAGGAGAACAAGGAGAACAAGGCUAGAGAAAAUAUCAGUACGAAUCAAGCUCAAGUUCUAGGAGACUCUCAAGAAGUGUCAGAGCAGCGUACAGUGGAAAAAACUAAAGAAGAUAAUCAUGAGAAUAAAACAGAAGAGGAAACAAAAACAAGUUUUGAGGAAGUCAUGGGAGCUGAGAAAGAAGCUGACAGUGUUGAAGUGGCUCGCGAUCAAUGCAAAACAGAAGUAGGAAGAAUGUCAGAUGACGAAGCAGCGAAGCUCAUCCAAUCUGCCUUUCGAGGAUUUGAGGUGAGAAAAUGGGAACCAUUGAAAAAACUGAAGCAAAUAGCUGAUGUUCGUGAGCAAGUCAAUGAGGUCAGAAAUCAUAUUCAGUCUCUUGAGUCUUCCACUGAUCACAACAAAGAUGAUAAGCUGAGACUGCUAGCAGGAGAAAAAAUUAUGACUCUUCUUCUAAGACUGGAUUCUAUUCAGACAUGCAGUUAUUCAGAGAUGACAGUUCCAGUGAGGAUGCUUAUUCAAUCUUGGUUUAUGUUCGUGGUUCAGGGUUUGCACUCAAGUGUGCGAGAUUUAAGGAAAUCAUUAGUCAAGGAGCUUGUGACUCUACAAGAAAAGCUUGAUUCUCUAACAAGAAGGUGGACUGAAGAAAAGGCCGAGGAUUUGGGCACUACUGAAUCUGCUGAUUGUCCUAAUGGUCAAGUGUCUGAAGAUAUCAGCAUGGAAAAGGAGAGUGAAAAUGCAUCAGCUGCUUUGGAGGAGUCGACGGAAAAUGCGAACGACAUUACAGCGUUAGAUCAGCAAUGCAUUACACAUAUGGUGGAUAGCAAGGAUGGUGAGAUCACAGAGCUUCCUUUUGUUGAACAAGGCAUAGAUGGGAAAACAGAGAAUAAUAGUAUGGAAGCAAGUCAUAGAACAUCAAGAAUAGAAGAUGGAGGUCAAUCAACCAACCUUGGGCAUGUGAUUCACUUGUCAUCUAUUCCCGAGCACAAGUUCAACGCCGAUGAUGUCAUGGAAGUGAAUGAUCUAACUAAAGAGAAAAAACCCGGGGUGGUGGAAGUGAAUGAUCAGAUUAUAGUGGAUAUUAACUCAGAAGAUGAUAAACUGCGGUCAUUGCCAAAACCUGAUCAAGUGGAUGCCGUUGGUGAACUUGAAAAGGAGAUUGGAAAUAACAAUGGUGAGAAAGAAUCUGAUUUGCCAAUCAAUACGUCUUCGCCAGACGAAGCAGAGAAUUUGCAGUGCACACAGAAAGACCAAGAGAUUAACUUAUUAGAAGUGUUGCCAGUUGGAGUAAUUGAUGAGGAACUAGCCAUUUCCAAAAUUGAUGAGCAUUUACUUGAAGCAGAACCAAACAAUGGUGUAGAGGAUGAGAGAGAGAUCGACUUGUUCAAAGAGUUGCCAGCUGGAGUAAUUGAUGAGCAUUUACUUGAAGCAGAACCAGAGAUCGACUUGUUCAAAGAGUUGCCAGCUGGAGUAAUUGAUGAGCAUUUACUUGAAGCAGAACCAAACAACGGUGUAGAGGAUGAGAAAGAGAUCGACUCGUUCAAAGAGUUGCCAGCUGGAGUAAUUGAUGAGCAUUUACUUGAAGCAAAAUCAAACAACGGUGUACAGGAUGAGAAAGAAGUAGAGAUCAGCCAGGAGGAGGUGGACGAUGAUGACAACAAAUGCACAAUGUUCUUUAAACCGGAGGAAAUCCACUCAACAAUAGGUGAAGAAAAUAAUGAGGACCUGCAACGACAUGAGGAUGAUUCAGGUGUGAUUCCUGUUGAUCAUAUGGCAUCAUCGGAAUCAGAAGCAGGAAGCGAAGCAACUCAGGAGAAACUAGUAUUGUUUGAGGAGAUGAAAGCUGCAGAGCAGCCGGUAGGAAGUGAAGAGAAGGAAGAAGCAAAGCUGGAAAAGGAAAUGAACAUUCUGCUUCAAGCCGAUGCUCCUUGGAAACCAAAUGUAGCGAAGAUUGGAGAAGAUAAUAAGGUGGUUGAAGAGAACAAGAAAUUGAACGAGAUGAUGGAGAAACUCAUGGAAGCUGGAAAAGAUCAACUCACUUUCAUAUCCAACUUGACUGAAAGAGUGAAGGAGCUUGAAGAAAAGUUGGGUAAGACCAAAAUGUCAAGCAAAGCAGGGUACAGAAAAGUAAGAUAUGCACCUUCUUAUUACAAGCAUGGGAAAAUCAAAAGGAAGGCUAAUGAAGUUGCAAUGUGAGGUUAAUGUUGAUUGGGUCGUGAGGUUUAAUGUUAUGUUUAUGUUGAAAUAAAAUCAAUAAAAAGGUUGCUUUUUCUCUUUCGUUA